AUGAACUCCAACAUGCCGCCCUUUUCUUCUGCGAUAUCUCUGUGUGCCUUCUGCUGCACUGCAGAAAGCACUCAUGAGAACAAAGUAGGUGGCUGCACGGUAGCUGUGAGGAACGAUUACAAGAACCUGGUGGAGGAAUUUGGCUCAGCGUCGUCUAGAUGCGCCUUUCUACGACUGCGGGAUCGCAGAGGACGUAAACUCUGGAUCGGAAGUGCUCACGGACCUACGGAAACCACUGAUGACAACAGUAAGGACGCCCUCUAUGAUGUACACAAUGAGUUGAUGUCUAAAAUACCAAGCCAGCAAGUGGUAAUUGUCGGAAUCGACGCAAGAAUCGAACAGCAAUCCGAUGUGCUAGGAAAAUGGUAUUAUCCAGCGAAGCGCACGUCGGACAACGGUGACCCUCUGAUCGACUUGUGCGAACGGACGGGGCUCAUCAUUGCCUCCACGUUUAAGAGGAAUCAUCUACGCCAUCAGCUCACGUGGCAGGAGUCAACCCUUUCAACGCCUGAAGAGCAGCGCAAAUUGCAAGAUACGGUUCCACAAGAGGAACCGAGGAGUUCCUCUUCAACCGAAAAUCGACAUGGCAGGUUUGAAAGACGAAGAAUGCAGAACGGAAUUCCGCCAACGUGUGUUUAUUCAAGUUGUAGUACGGACCAGGAAGAAGCUUAG